UUUCUGUUUAUGUUUGUCUUGGAUUUUGUCUUUUUUUCUGAUGGUUUGAGAUGGGUUCUGUUCAGAACUUGGUAAAAUUCUCAUAUUUCCCCCCUGUUUUUUAGGUUAAAAGUUGUGAUCUUUCUGGUAGAGUACUCAAGUUUUGAUCUUUCUUUAAUUGUGAUGUUGUCGAAAGCCCUCAAUUUCAAGUGGCUUGCAUGAAGUUCUGAGUUUUAUGAUUUGGGAAUUUCUGACAUUUUUGGUCGGUUUGUUUGUUUGGAACCUCGGACAUGGGUUGACCAAAAUUUGUGCUAAAACAAGUUGGGUUAUUCGUGUAUUGUUUUAAUUGGUCGCACACGAUUCACUCCCAAGUUAAUUGCACUCUCCUUGAGCUGAUAUUUGAUACAUGCAGUACCAGAUUCCUGUGUGCGUCAUCCAAAUUAACAAUGCUUUACCUUUAAAUUGAGUAUUUUAUUGUUUUCACCCUCCCUUUUUCAAUCACAUGUUUAUAUGUGAUGCUUGUGAGCUGUUUCUGUAUCGAUGUGGCUUUGAAGUGCGCAAUUAGUUUGCUUUGCUGCUUAAUGUCUUCUUGUUGAUCGACUUAUUUGAGCUGGUUAAAAAAAUUUCAUUUCUCUUGCUUCUAUAUUGUUCUGUGGACUGCAAUGGGUCGAGCUGGCUGGAUCUAUUAAUUUUGCAAAUGAGUGUGCUAGUUUAUGCAUUUCUUUUGCUCUAACUAGAUGUUGCUUAAGCAUAAUAUUUUUUUUUGAUAUGACAGCCAACAUCCAUUUUGUUCUUCAACUUGCAAAUUCAACUCAAAUGAUGCUCAGUUUCCAUGAAUAUUUCUGCAGGUAGUGAUUUAAAUGGAGAAACCAUCAAAAAAUACAUUCACUGUACAUUUUACUGUAUCCCAAUACUCCAUUGUUUGAAUUUGGUGUUUUUAGUUGCAGAGAAAGAGAAAGCUGCAUGGAGGCUUCCCAGGGGAACUGGUGCAUAUCACACAUCGAGCGAUGCUAGCUUGUUUUCUACCUCGCUUCCUGUCCUUACACAUGCUAAAUUUAAUUUUGGUGAUCCUGAUCAAGGUGGUCAGCAGCUUGAUGAUGACUUCCCUAUUCUCAGUAAGGUUCGUCUAGAAGCUAAAGUGAAGGACCGAUUAGAAGAAAAUAAGCCACGUACUGUAGAAAACUUUCUUCCGGAUGAUGAAAACGAACUUUUAGCUGGUCUUAUGGAUGAUUUUGAUCUUAGUGGGUUGCCUACUCAACUUGAGGACUUGGAUGAUGAUUUCUUUGGAAGUGGAGGUCUUGAAAUAGAACCUGAGAGUCAUGAUAGUCUAGUCGAUGGUAUAUCAAGAUUAAGUACAUUGGAUGGUAUUAGUGGAGUCAGUAUAUCUCAUUAUGGUUUCACGAAUGGUGCUGGAGCUGUUAGCGGUGAACAUCCUUAUGGAGAGCACCCUUCAAGGACAUUAUUUGUUCGAAAUAUCAACAGUAAUGUAGAGGAUUCUGAACUAAGGGCUCUAUUUGAGAUCAGUAUGCUGAGUGUAUUUUACUCGCUGUGGUGUGUUCGUGAGGUUGUUCUGAUGGAGAAUGCAAUUUUUAGGUUCUUUCUUGUUUAUCAAUAUGGAGAUAUCAGAACUCUUUAUACUGCAUGUAAACACAGGGGAUUUGUGAUGAUAUCUUACUACGACAUAAGAUCUGCCCGGACUGCUAUGCGGGCAUUACAAAGCAAACCUUUAAGAAGAAGAAAACUUGAUAUACAUUUUUCUAUUCCAAAGGAUAACCCAUCAGAAAAGGAUAUUAACCAAGGAACUUUGGUGGUGUUCAAUUUGGAUGCCUCGGUAUCCAAUGAUGACCUUCGUCAGAUAUUUGGAGCUUACGGGGAAGUUAAAGAGAUAAGGGAAACACCUCAUAAACGACAUCAUAAGUUCAUCGAAUUUUAUGAUGUUAGAGCUGCAGAGGCAGCUCUCAAAGCCUUAAAUAGAAGUGACAUUGCUGGGAAGCGCAUAAAGCUUGAACAUAGCCGGCCUGGUGGAGCCCGUCGUAGCUUAAUCCAGCAGCUGAGUCAAGAGCAGGAUCCAGAUGAAGUUCGAGCUUUUCUGCAUCAAGUUGGUAGCUUGCCAAGUUUUGGCAGUCCAGUCGAGCAGACUACAUUGCGCAGUUAUAAUCAGAGUCUGCCUAAGUUGGAAAGCCUCAGUCCUGUUGGGAGGAGUGACUUACCUGGUCUGGCUUCUAUUCUUCCAUCUCCUGCUUCAAAUCCUGUGAAAAUUACUCCAAUCGGCAAAGAUCCUGGAAGGACAAAUCAAGUGAACCAGAUGACAACAAAGGAUAAUGCCACACAAAGCAUGCCCUUUCAGAAUUAUUUCUCUAUUCCGGAUCCUAAGUCGAGUCCUAGUCCUGGAUCCACGUCAGCAUUCGAUUAUCCCAAACCGUCUAGUGUUGGAACACUUUCUGGUCCUCAGUUUCUCUGGGGAAGCCCCACUAUUCAACCUGAGGAUUCCAAUUCAUGGUCAUCCUCAUUAAAGGGACGGCCUUUCCUGGGCCAGUCGAUUGGUUUUCCAUAUCCUAGUCAGCGUGGUUCGUUUUUGGGUUCACAUCAUCAUCAUCAUCAUCAUCAUCAUGUGGGGUCUGCUCCAUCUGGUGUUCCAAUCGAAAGGCAUUUUGGUUUUUACCCCAAUUCACCUGAAAUGUCGUAUAUAAACCAGGGGGCAUUUAGAUUAUCGAAUUUAUCCGGCAUCAACAGUGGGACUCAGGCAGUGAAUAUUGGGGGUAUGAACAUGGGAGUUGCUUUUCAUGGUAACUUUGCUGAUGGUUCUUCUUCAUCUGGUUCCAGGUUGAUGUCUGUUUCGAGAAAUGGUCCUUUGUUUAUUGGGAGUGGUUCUUUUGGAAGUACCGGUAAUGAUGGACUUAUUGAUCGUGGUCGAAAUAGAAGGUCAGAAUUUGGAAAUCAGAUGGAUAAUAAAAAGCAUUAUCAACUCGAUCUGGAAAAGAUUGUGAAUGGUGAAGAUAGUAGGACUACUUUAAUGAUUAAAAAUAUCCCCAACAAGUAUACUUCGAAGAUGCUUCUUGCAGCUAUUGAUGAAACUCACAAGGGUGCAUAUGAUUUCCUCUAUCUGCCAAUAGAUUUUAAGAAUAAAUGCAACGUCGGAUAUGCGUUCAUCAAUAUGGUGUCUCCUUCGCACAUCAUCACUUUUUAUGAGGCAUUUAAUGGGAAAAAAUGGGAAAAAUUCAAUAGUGAAAAGGUUGCUUCCUUGGCAUAUGCGAGAAUACAAGGAAAGAUGGCUCUCAUCUCUCACUUUCAGAAUUCAAGUUUAAUGAAUGAAGACAAACGCUGCAGGCCUAUCCUUUUCCAUUCAGAGGGACAGGAGACUAUUGAUCUGGAAUCAAUCCCGUCCGGAAAUCUGAAUAUAUUUAUCCGUCAGCCGGAUGGAACUUAUUCAGGAGAUUCCUUAGACAGCCCAAAGGGAGAACCGAAUGCUACCGAGAGUUAAAUAACGAAUGUGGACAUAUAUCUGCUAACUCUUGUACAGUUUUUGCGUAUAUAAUAAAACGUGUCUUGCUAAUAGCUCAAGCCCGACUGUACAUAUGAUGACUCUUCUACAAGGCAGUGUCCACAUCUGUAUUUUCAUGAUGGAUGCUCGUUAUUCUGGGAGAAUGUUAAAGAUGCGGCAUUAUUGGGUCUGCAUGUUGUACAACGGCACACCUAUUUUGUGAAUGUACAAAGAGAGACAAAUGAGUUCGAGGCGUCUACCUAUGUUACAAAACACACGUUCUCAUUUUGACUUGUUCGAUAUAAGUUAUGUAUAAGAGUUGGAAAUAUGUAUGGACACAGAUAAUGAUGAGCCGUGCAUGUUUUUUGUGUUGGGUAGUUUGGUCUUGUACUGCCAUGAUCUUGCAGUGAUGGUACAUUGACUGUAUGUACAGUGGCAUUGUUUGUCUUACUGCAAACGAGAAGCUGUAUUUAUGCAGGUUUUCAAUAUGGUGAUCCUUCAAGUAAAAUUGCCCAUCUUUUGUUUCUCCUUUGUGCAAUAUGGGCAGAAAUGACCAUUUGUACAAGUUAUUCUUUAAUUUAUUAUGAAUUAUGAUGUUCCUUUUGGGGUAGGCC